CAGUCGUCUCGUCUCGCUUCUCCGGCUGAGAGCGCCGCUGCACCUUCAGCCGGCGAUGCGGGGCCUCGGAGCGGCUGCGUCGCGCUCUCCCCUGGGACUGUGCGCCCUGGUGCUGGCGCUGCUGGGCACGCUGCCUGCGGACGCUGGGGCGCAGCCCUACCACGGCGAGAAGGGCAUCUCGGUGCCAGACCACGGCUUCUGUCAGCCCAUCUCCAUCCCGCUGUGCACGGACAUCGCUUACAACCAGACCAUCCUGCCCAACCUGCUGGGCCACACGAACCAAGAGGACGCGGGCCUCGAGGUGCACCAGUUCUACCCGCUGGUGAAGGUGCAGUGUUCCCCAGAGCUGCGCUUCUUCCUGUGCUCCAUGUACGCGCCGGUGUGCACGGUCCUGGAGCAGGCCAUCCCGCCUUGCCGUUCUCUAUGUGAGCGCGCCCGCCAGGGCUGCGAGGCGCUCAUGAACAAGUUCGGCUUCCAGUGGCCCGAAAGGCUGCGCUGCGAGAAUUUCCCGGUGCAUGGCGCGGGCGAGAUCUGCGUGGGCCAGAACACGUCGGACGGCUCGGGAGGUCCCGGCGGCGGUCCCACCGCUUACCCCACCGCGCCCUACCUGCCCGACCUACCCUUCACCGCGCUGCCCCCGGGGGCUGCAGACGGCAGGGGCCGCUCCACUUUCCCCUUCUCGUGCCCUCGCCAGCUCAAAGUGCCCCCCUACCUGGGCUACCGCUUCUUGGGCGAGCGCGACUGCGGGGCCCCGUGCGAACCUGGCCGCGCCAACGGCCUCAUGUACUUUAAGGAGGAAGAAAGGCGCUUCGCCCGCCUGUGGGUGGGCGUGUGGUCGGUGCUGUGCUGCGCCUCGACGCUCUUCACCGUGCUCACCUACCUGGUGGACAUGCGGCGCUUCAGCUACCCUGAGCGGCCCAUCAUCUUCCUGUCGGGCUGCUACUUCAUGGUGGCCUUGGCGCACGUGGCCGGCUUCCUGCUGGAGGACCGCGCCGUGUGCGUGGAGCGCUUCUCGGACGACGGCUACCGCACGGUGGCGCAGGGCACCAAGAAGGAGGGCUGCACCAUCCUCUUCAUGGUGCUCUACUUCUUCGGCAUGGCCAGCUCCAUCUGGUGGGUCAUCCUGUCGCUCACCUGGUUCCUGGCAGCUGGAAUGAAGUGGGGCCACGAGGCCAUUGAGGCCAACUCGCAGUACUUCCACCUGGCGGCGUGGGCCGUGCCCGCUGUCAAGACCAUCACCAUCCUGGCCAUGGGCCAGGUGGACGGGGACCUGCUCAGCGGGGUGUGCUACGUGGGCCUGUCCAGCGUGGAUGCGCUGCGGGGCUUCGUGCUGGCGCCCCUGUUUGUCUACCUCUUCAUCGGCACGUCCUUCCUGCUGGCCGGCUUCGUGUCUCUCUUCCGCAUCCGCACCAUCAUGAAGCACGACGGCACCAAGACAGAGAAGCUGGAGAAGCUCAUGGUACGCAUCGGCGUCUUUAGCGUGCUCUACACAGUGCCUGCCACUAUCGUGCUGGCCUGCUACUUCUAUGAGCAGGCCUUCCGCGAGCACUGGGAGCGCACCUGGCUCCUGCAGACGUGCAAGAGCUACGCGGUGCCCUGCCCGCCCGGCCACUUCCCGCCCAUGAGCCCCGACUUCACGGUCUUCAUGAUCAAGUACCUGAUGACCAUGAUCGUGGGCAUCACAACCGGCUUCUGGAUCUGGUCCGGCAAGACCCUGCAGUCGUGGCGCCGCUUCUACCACAGACUCAGCCACAGCAGCAAGGGGGAGACUGCGGUAUGAGCCCCGGCCCCUCCCCCACCCUCCCGCACCCCCUCGCGGCGGGGAGAGGCGCGGCGGGGAAAGAACUGCAGGGUGGGGGAUUUGUGUCUGUAACCUUCUCCCCCGCCACUGAGCAGUGACCUGGAAGAGAGGAGUCAGUUGCAGAUUUGGGGCGAGGAGUGGGUUUGGAAAGAGGCCUGGUGGAAAGACGGUUUGGGUGAAAAGGCUUCUGGCACAAAGACUUGCAGGAUCAUGGCGGUGAUAAUAGGAUGGUAUUAAUCAUGUAAGGUAAGGGCAGAUUUAGGCCUACAGUGAAAAUUGAGAGCUGCAGAGACUGCUGCGAGUUCCUCCCCGGCGCAGGGGCUGCGCUGGGGCUGCGAGCGGUUCCUCCGCUGCCUGAAAGACACAGGAGGAGGAACCGUCGUGGCCUGUCCCCACGCCUGUGAGGCCCGGGUGAAAGGUACAGCUCUGUCUGCGGCGGCCGCUUUGUUGGGAAGAGGGAGGACUCCCUGCGGUGUCCUUGUCAAGCGGUGGUCAAACCAUAAUCUCUUUUCACUGGGGCCAAACUGGAGCCCAGAUGGGUUAAUUUCCAGGGUCAGACAUUACAGUCUCUCCUCCCGGCCCCCUCCCGCUUGUUUUUCCUCCCCUAGCCCUUUCAAGUCUUGUAAAAUCAGCAUUUGAAAGUCUUGGGAGGCCUGCCUCCUAGAAUCCUAAUGUGGGAAUGCUAAAGAAAUGACCAUAGCAUUUCGAGAUCCGCCAGAGUAGAGAAGUAGUAGGUAUUUCUGCCACUUUUUCAUUUUCUGGGGAAGACACCGCGAAAGGAGGAAGAAAGAAGGAGAAGGGUCUUGUGUUUGUUUUAAGACCCUGAGAAGUGAUGACUUGUUGCUUUUCCAAACAGGAAUGCAUUUUACCCCCGUCUUUGUUGUAAGAGACAAAAGAGGAAACAAAAGUGUCUCCCCAUGGAAAGGCAUAACUGUGAAGACAGCAACUUUUACAGGCAAAGCAGCGCGAGUCCGAGGUUUCCCUGUGGAUGUCAAUGUGGUUGAGAUAAACAUUCCUUUUUAAGGAAAAGUGAUGGGCAGUGUGCUUUCAUACCCCACUAAGUCAGAGGUUCUGACUUGGCUAAAGAAAAUGCAAGGGGUUUUGUUUUAAAUAAAUUUAAUUCAGAACAUGUGAUCCAACAGUCUGGCUUAAAAUGGUCAGGGAAAUCUCCAUUUUUUUUUUCUCCUUCCUAUAAGCCUGUAUUUAGGUUUUCUUUUUCAUUUUUCCUUGUAUUUGAAUAUUUCAAGAUAAAGGAAAAGCAUAAUGCCUUCAGCCUCAUAAUAAAGAAAAAUUAAAAAGAAAAAAAAAGAGAAGAA